AUGAUAGUUUCUAUUCUAUUAUUAGAAUCUGACCCGCGCAUAUGUAAUGUUAACGUUGAACGUAGAUCUCCAUGCGACAGAGUGGCACUUUCGACUUGGGAGCAAAGGCACUCAGCAGCACUUCCAGACGAUUUACGUAAUUUUUAUGCUUCUAGUGACGGCUUUCAAUUGACGUGGCAUUAUAAAUAUUCUGCUGAUGAAGUAUUGCCUGUUGGAUCUAUACGCGUGAACACAUUGAACGAAUUAUGCUUAUCACCAGCUUUGAAGGACCUUCUUGAUUUUUCACUUACCCGACCGCAGUCUGAACCUCGACCCGUACUGAAUACUAAAAGCAAAGUAUUUGAGCUAGACACUUGCAGGACUAUCGGAAAGGUUUGUUUGAUCUACACGGGUGGCUCAUGGUCGGUUUGGUUGGCGACUCGUGAAGGCGCUUGGGGUUGGCUGGCUGAUUCCUUCACGCACUAUUUCAGGAUGGCUCUAGUACACAUGGGCUUGCCCGGCUGGCAAGCCACGUUUGCUAAUCUGCCCCUCAUUCCUUGGGCUGAGCAAUUAUUCUUGCUAUUAGCGCCACACUUACUGGACAGGUCUGGGACAGAAACAAACCUGAUCGCAGUCCCCAGCGAGACGGGAUUGAAUCACAUAGAUCCAAACAUCUUUAAAACAUCGGUGCGUCAACAUAAAAAUACUACAAGACAAAGUAAUUAG